GUUCGUGUCGCCUCCUGGCUAUCCGCUCGCCUCUUAUCCUUCUGAGAUUUAUACUCUUGCCUGUUCAUUAAUGUUCCGUUGAAGCGAUUUGAAAAUGAAUGAAGCCCUUAUUAGUCCAUUCAUUAUCAAUCACCCGACGGCUGUACAGACAUCGCUGUACUCUUAUCGGGCCCAAUUAUCGCGUUUCGACCCUUCUGGCCGCUUUGUCGGAGUAGGAACCUUCGAUGGAACUGCAUACAUCUAUGACAUGGACACGAAAGCAGCUGUGAGGACGUUGGACGGGCAUGUAAAAAAUAUCACAAGUUUGGACUGGUCUCGCCAUUCGCGUUAUGUGCUAACGUCCUCCAAGGAUUGGAAUGUCAUCGUUUGGGACCUUUCGUUGACCUGUGAUCCCCCCCAACGAUUCGCAACAAUACGCUUGGAUGCACCUGUUUCGUCUGCGUCUUUCCACCCCCGGAAUAGCCAGAUUGUCCUUGCAUUAACGAGCACCGGAGAGGUGUACUUGCAGGACUUGCGACCGAGUUACCGCGAACGUUUUGAACUCUGCGAGCCCCAAGAAGAAGGGGAAGAUGAAGAACACAGUCGAAGGGCUGCUAUGACUGUUGCAAGGUUCGACCCCAGUGGCAAGCAUAUUUUUAUCGGAACUUCCUCCGGUCAUAUCCUCGUUUUUAACACUAGAACACGAGUGAUGGUAGGGAGACAUAAGGUGUCUGGAGCCGGUGGGAUGAAAGGGUUUGAAUUUGCAAAGUCCGGACGACGGCUACUUACGAACUCUUCCGAUCGAACAUUGCGACAGUUCAACUUGCCAACCUAUCCCCGCCCUGGAGAAGGGAUUUUGGAAACAGAGCUUGAGCCGACGCACCGGUUCAAUGAUCCAAUAACCAAAACAGCCUGGAACGCGAUGUCAUAUAGUCCAGAUGGUGAAUGGUUGGCAGGAGGUUCCGCUGACCCUGCAUCACACAAGAUAUACAUAUGGGAUAUCUCAAAUGAUGGCCAGUUCACAACUGCAUUGGAUGGGGGUCGGGACUCUCUUCUCCAUCUUCAUUGGCAUCCGUCGAAGUCUUCGAUAGUCUCAACUGCCCUACAUGGAAACAUUUUUAUCUGGCAUAGCCCUAAUCCCGAGCGAUGGGGUGCUUUUGCCGGGGGGUUCGAGGAGGUCGAUGAGAAUGUCGAAUAUGAGGAGAAGGAGGACGAGUUCGAUGUCGUAAGGCCCUUUGGACUAUUAUCCACACGAGUAUAUCUUCUAAAUGCUUCUGCAGGAGGAUGAAGAAGAGAUUUUGAAGAGGAAGAUGAAAGCUGAAGAGGAAGAUGUUGACGUUGAUUCGCUAGAAGAUGAUGCGCAUCAGAACGUUCAGUUGAUCUCACAAAAUGACGAAGAUGACCACUGGGCGGACCAGGAACCUGAUGAAGAUGCCACCAGUUGGAAGAUGAAAAUUGUUAUUAUGGAGGGUGGCGACACACUCCCAUGAACCAUGUCAAUCAAGCUGUUCAUCUAUAACCUAUAUUUAUAGUUAUAUAGACCGUUACUCUAUUGUCCUGUAAUAAACGCACACUAGUUUGUAGAGGUUGAGAAAGUUUCGCCCGAC